GAGCGGUGAUUCGAACCCCAGUCUCCAGAGCUAUAGCCCAGUGCUCAACCAGGUUGGCUCCUGACCAGGGUUCCAGACUCUGUACUUAGCUGGCAGCGAUGGCUGAUGUUGAUGGCCAUGUCCGUGGGGUGGUGAAUCCGCUCCCGGUUUUAGCCUGAAGUUUAAAGGGAGCCAUAUAGUGGGCCCUUGGUAUCCGCUGAGGUUUGGUCGCAGGACCAAAAUCUGUGGAUGCUCAGGUCCCGUUCUAUGUAACGGCGUAGUAAGAUGGUGCCCAGAAAUGGCAAAAUCAAGGCUUUUAUAUAUAUAUUUGCAAACCUUGGAGGGCCGGCUGUACAAGGUGUCAGACCUGUUUGAAGGAAUUAGGGUCCAUAUCCUUUAAAAUUCAGGCUCAGCCCCAGUUUGGGGUCACAUCCGGACCCCAGAAGAAGGCAGGAGGCACUGCUGGUGACUCCCUCCUUUUAAAGGUCCCAGGCCUAGGGGUGGCAUGGUCUCUUCUCCAGACCCUUGGCUUGCAGACCCCUGUGCCAGGCUGAAGGUUGGCAUUUGAGGGUAGGGAUGAUCCUUGGGACCAGACAAGAUGCUUAAGCGGAUGAAUGGGCCUUCUCCUUAGUCCUCUUCUAGGGAUGCUUUUGGGCUGUCUGGACGGAGGAACCAAGUCUGCCUCUUGCUUUUGGUCCUUGGUUUCCCUCCCUCCCUCUUUCUUUGUGGUGAGGCAACAGGGUUUCUAUGGCAAUGGGUCCUUCAUCCGUCUCAGCCCCGAUUGGCUGCGGAGGCCUCCUUCCUAUUUGGGGGGCAAAACCGGAAACCCAUUGUCAGAGGGGUGUUGUCGGUGGCCUGGCAUGAUGUGCCGGGAAGUGGAAAGACCGGUUUGGAGAGCUCACCUGCUGCUUGGCAAGAGAGUCACCUUCAUUGUCAGCCGCCUCUUCCAUUCCUGAGGAUGCCAGCCCGGCUUAUCCAGAUCAUGCGCCCAGAUGACGCCAACAUCGCUGGCAAUGUCCACGGAGGGACCAUCCUGAAAAUGAUUGAGGAAGCUGGGGCCAUCAUCAGCACCCGCCAUUGCAACACUCAAACCGGGGAGCGAUGCGUGGCUGCCUUGGCCCGGGUGGAGCGCACUGAUUUCCUUUCACCGAUGUGCAUCGGGGAUGUGGCCCACGUCAGCGCCGAGAUCACUUACACGUCGAAGCACUCCGUAGAAGUCCAGGUGAAUGUCGAGUCCGAAAACAUCCUCACAGGUGCCAAGAGGGUGACCAACAAGGCUACGCUGUGGUAUGUCCCCCUUUCUCUCCACAACGUCCACAAAAUCCUGGAGGUGCCUCCAAUUCAGUUUGCAGGGAAGGAGCAGGAGGAGGAAGGAAGGAGGCGCUAUGAGGAGCAGAAGAUGGAGCGCCGGGAGACGAAGGAGAGGAACGGGGAGGUCAUCCUACCUGUCAUCAACCCAGAUAGGCAAAGAAAAGAUCCCUAUACAGUUGGAUAUAGCCAGUCCAGCCUGAUCCACCUGGUGGGACCCUCCGACUGCACCAUGCAUGGAUUUGUACAUGGAGGGGUUACCAUGAAGCUGAUGGACGAGGUUGCUGGUAUCGUGGCCGCCCGCCACUGCAAGACCAACAUCGUGACGGCCUCCGUGGACGCCAUCAAUUUCCACGAGAAGAUCAAAAAAGGUAGCGUGAUCACCAUCUCUGGGCGCAUGACCUUCACAAGCAACAAAUCCAUGGAGAUCGAGGUCUUUGUGGACGCCGACCCCUUCGUGGAUGAGUCUCAGGAGCGAUACCGGGCCGUCAGCGCGUUCUUCACUUACGUGUCCCUCAGCAAAGAAGGGAGGCCACUACCCGUCCCGCAGCUGGUGGUGGAAACCGAAGACGAGCGGCGGCGCUUUGAAGAAGGCAAAGGCCGCUACCUCCAGACCAAAGCCAAGCGCCAGGCUAAGAUAAAGCCCCUCACUCAGCAAUGACACCCCCCAAAUUACCCACCAUUCCCCGGGAGAGAGGGAGGGAGGUCCUGCAGCCGGACCGCAUGGAAGUCCUCCCCUUGGGCAGAUCCAUCGCAAACACCUGACCAGUGGCACAGAGACACACAGAUGCACCUCAACACCUCCUGGAGAACUGUCCAUCCCAUCACUGCCUGUAACUAUUGCUAGACCCAUCAGGAAGAGGGGGAGAUUAUAGAGAGAGUAUAGGGGAGGGUCCCAGCCUAUGGGGCAGAGGAAGGGAGGUUCUUCUUCCACAAGGGAAUCGGGCCCAAAGCCAUAAUCCUGACCAAAGUAGAUCCAGGGAAUCAAUGGGGUUUACGCAAGUGUGCAAUUUCUCAUUCAGCAGUGCUUCAGUACUCUUCUGCAAGCUGGGACAUGCCUUCCAGAGAUGGUUGGACUCCAAGUCCCAGCAUUCCUCACCUAAACCAAGCUGCUGGGAGCUACAGUUGGACGAGUGCUGGGAGACCACUCCUGGCAAAGACAGCACUGACACCGAAGGAAGGCCAGAGAGUACGUCAACAAGGAGUCUUCCUUGAACCUUCACCGUAUGCCCCUGCCAGGUGUUGCUGGACUGCAGCUCCCAGCAGCCCUAUUAGCCAGCAGUAAGGAAUACUGCCAGUUGGGUAUUCACAACAUCUGGAGGACUGACUGCGGCCUUUACAGCUGAGCUGCAGGUGAAGGGUGCCCUAUUUUUCAAGAAGAGAUUGCCUUGUGGUGUGUGACAGGUGCGAUGGUCCACCUGGAUGAACCACAGAAGAGGAACGACAGGCACAGUUGUCUCCCUGGUUGGACUCUCCGAAGUCUCUCCUCCCAUCCCUCCGUACUAAAAGUUCUCUGCAAGAAAUAGUAAGAUCCCUUUGGGCCUUAGCUCUCUGCAACCCUCUCUGUUUCACAUCUGUUUCCAUGCCCAAGAAAAGCUUUCAUGACCAAAAAAGCUAAAGCAUUGCCCAGUACAAGAACCAAGCGGUCUCCUCUUCCGUCCCGUAUCCCUCUGGGAAAAUAUAUAUAUACAUAUGUACAUGUACGCUUAAUUUAUUUAAUGAAUGUUGUGAAUAAAAACUGGUCCGCCUUUAACCAAGA